GGGGAAAGGGGGGGAAGGGGCCUUGUAAACAUGUGCUUUUAAUUGUAAGUUCAUCUCUCGGUGGAAUAUCGUAGUGACCUAGGGAUGGCAGAGUGGGGUUGCUCGCAGUGGGGGAAACCACGACACAUCACACGGUCUCUACGUUCCCUGGGCGCGUUUACGGACAGUCUGCGCUGGUCUGCGCACGGCAUUGAUCGAGGUCUUAUAGUUGCCCGCUCGUUUGCUCGUUUGCUCGUUUGCUCGUUUGCUCGUUUGCUCGUUUGCUAGUUUACUAGUUUGCUCGUUUAAUCAUCGUUCGCUCGUUUUCUCGUACGGUGUUCUUGAUCGGAACGAAGUGCCGCCGUCCGCGCGCGCGCUAUACACUUUCCCGGCAGAGGACACACGUAUUACAUAUAUAUGUACAACAGGACGUACGGGAGGUAUAUUCCUCGAUACCUUUUCCCCGCGCUCGCGCGCGCGCGCGAUUUAUAGGUACACCGUAUCGCAUAGUGUGUCUUUAAUCUCAUUAGAGAGGAGACCAAGCGGAAGAACUACCCGCCGGACUUUAAGCGGGGUCAAAGUUCCCGCCGCGUGAAGUGACCGAGUGACUGGAGUGACAACCCUUCGAAUUUCCCCCCCCAAUUUUUCGAUUCGCUCUCGACAUUCCAACUCCAUUUUUUUUUUCUUUCAAUUAUUUUUCUCAAUUUUCGCAUCGGGAAAAACCAACCACCCCCGUACCGAGAUCAUUUUUUUUUCUUAUCGACCUGGAAAAUUUGACCGCGGUCAUGGUGUCCGACUAGCGAUUAAUCGAGAGCUGCGAUGUUCAAACGACUGGCGAAGUCGAAGCGGCACAGUCCCGAGGGUGCCGGUGGAGAGUCCCGCCCCACCGCCGCCGCCCCGGAUUCGGCACCCCCUUCGCCCGAGGGGUCGACGUUGUCUCCGGACGCCCCGAGCGUCGGAGGCGCCAGGGCCCCGAGGGCUAAACAGGCGAGAAGAAGCUGCGGCGAUCAGCAGCCGCUCCAUCGCUCCAAACUUCUCCAACCUCCGGACGACCGCGAAACGGAGGGACGCGAAGCCGACCGCGAGUCGUCGCCCCGCGUAACGCGGGUCAACUCCGGGACCGACGACUAUCAGAUGGUGACCGCGGUACCGGCCUACAUCGUGGAACACGAGCCGGAAAAACAAAAAGGUCUCGGGGUAUGGGGGAGGAGAAUGAGCAAGAAAAUCGACUCGUUUCGCCGAUCGAGUUGCCGGGAUUCGCCGAGUCCCGCGGAUACAGCGAAUCCGGAAAAACCGAGAACACCGGACACGAGACGAUUUUCCAGUCCCGCGGUCCAGAUGCGCUCGUCCCAUUCGCCUUUCAAGUCGUUUUUCAUCCGCAUGGGAUCGACGGGGAUGUUGAAUUCGACGAAGAGCAACAGGAGAUCGUUGCAGGUCCUCGAGGAUCGAAAUCCACCGAGCGCCACCGCGACCGCCCAGGGUACGACGUCGAGGUCGAACAGGACACCGGAAAAGGAUCAGAACGCGCCGCUUUUCAGGAGCUGCAGUACGAGCCAACUAAACACGAGCCCGACCUACGUGAAGGGUGACGAUCCUUCGGAGGGUAUCGACCUGAGGAUGAGCGGUAAGGAUCACGGGAAGACCGUGUCCUGCGAUAAUCUGGCCGCUCAGAUGAUGCAGGACGACGUUUUCGAGCCGGUGGAAAACUCCGGCUCAACGACGAAUCGUAGUUCCAGCGCCACUUUUCAACCGUGCGAUUUCGCCGACGGUCCGCACAGGGGCGAAUUGCACAUGGUCAGAAAAUCCGUCAGCUGUGAAUUCCGCGAGCAAAAAGACGCGGUGAAAAAGACAAAUUUCCCUUACGCUUUCCUUCGCUCCAAAUUGUCCGUGUUGCCGGAAGAAAAGAACGGCGUCGGUCAUCCGGGGUCGGGUUUCGCCCAUUCGCAUCAUUCGACGUUGCAGAGCCAGGAGGAUAGGCUGUUCAAGACCCUCUCCGAGGAGCAUUUCCCCUCUCUUCUAAGGGUCGAAGACUGUUCGGAAACCACGACACUGGGACGAAGAAGGUCACGACCCGGCGGUGCUUCGUCCGCGGCCUACUUCAAGGUGGGGGGGCGAAAUUCCUAUUCGGAGUACAGGAGCCCGUCGUACGACCUCCAGAUAUCGCCUUCUUCGAUCCCCUGCGUCGGUCAGGAUCGCGUCGACUUUACCGGAGAUUUCGCGGACCUCGAAACCGUCCCCAAUUCGUUGACGACGACGACGCAGCUCAGAUGUCAGAGGAGAAAUUCGGUGCCCAGCGCGGAACAGCGACUGUCUUCCCACUACGUGAGCUCGAACGAGUCCGGCUACGACAGCGACGGUCCACGCGGAGAAUCCGCGGCCGCGUCGGAGGCCGAAGCGUUGAGUUUGAACCGGGCGGACAGCUCGGAUACGAGCAGCGUGGUAGAUUCGGAAAUCGAGAAACCAACGAGGAGUUCGACUCCCAGCGAAUACGCGGAUAACGUAGCCGACGGCGUUCACGUCCACGUCCACCAUCACCAUCACCACCAAUCUCAGGUAUCGGAAAACGGUCUCGAAGGGUUGAGAUGGCAUCAGACGACGUCGGGCAGAAUUUUGCCGAGCAUCAAUCAGACGUCGGGUUCGGAUUCCGCGGUGAAGGGGAGAAUACAGGAGUGCGGAAACCCGUCGGCUUCGCACAGGGUGAAGUUACAGCGGGACAGGACCAAGUUUUUGAGCGACAUCAUUCGGCCAACGGCUAACGAGAAGAUGCGAAGAUGCAGAAUCGUCAAUCUGACGAAAAAUGACCCCAAGGAAAGCUUGGGCAUUCGACUGGCUCAGCAGAGAACCGACAGACUCAGUUACGUCGUCGUCGAACUGGAAAACCAAGGAAUCGCACACAGAGACGGAAGACUGAGACUCGGCGACGAGAUCGUGGAAGUCGAGGGUCGCGAUCUGUCGACUUUGGACUCCUUGCAGGCGGUUCAGGACUUUUUGGCGUCCUUCAGGAGCACGAGAGUCCAGUUACUGACGUCUUACGAGGAGAGUGUCCCCCAAGUGUGCGAUAACAGCGUCGGUCUCGUACUCCUUCCGGGUGAAACGGAGUACUUCGAGAACGCGAAAACACUCUCGAACAUUUCCCUCGGCGACGAGCGACCUUCCCAUCAGAUUCUUCAGGUCAAGGAUAAGCCUCGCAGUCCGGUUUCGGAUCGCAAGAAACGUCCGGAUUACCUACCGCUCAAUUCCGUUCGGUCGUCGAACGACAACGAUCGAAAAAAUCUCACCAUCGAUCCGAUUAUCCAGGAUCACGAUUCUCCGGCGGAUAUUCUGCUGGAAGCGCACAGGUACCUGACCCGCCACCUCGCGAGGUUCGAAAAAGGAUACGGACGUCCCAGCCUCGGUUUCAGCGUCGUCGGAGGAAGGGACAGUCCUAGGGGCGAGAUGGGCAUCUUUGUCAGGAGAGUAUUUCCGGGGGGACAGGCGGACGUUUCGAAAUCUCUCCUGCAAGGUGACGAGAUUCUGACGUUGAACGGAAAAAUUUUACGGGGCUACACGCACCGCGAAGUAAUCGAACUUUUCAAAGCGGUCAGAGAGGGAGCGGUGGAACUCGAGAUCGCCAGGAGACACAGGUAUCCAAAGUCGGCCACGGAGUCGUCGACUUAUUGAAAAACCGACGUGCGAGCAUCCGAUUCAAUCGAAAUAUAAAUAAUUGGCCUGAAGAAGCUAAGAAAAUUUUUUCAUACACGAUGCGUCUAGUCUUCUCUGUAAACAGAUUUUUAGCAACUUAACACAAACCGUACGACAUACCGACUUAUUUUGUUUAAUUUAUUACUAGUUUUUAUGUAACGGUUGUUUACUUCAACGAACUUCAUUAAUUCAUUCAUUUUAUUAGUAUAUUGGUACGUUAAGAUUUUAUAUUGCUGCAGCUAAAUAAUACAAUUUACGAAUGCCUCGGAUAAUACAGCGGUGAAUUUUGUACAUGUGAUUUGUUAAGUUUUAUUUUUUGUCAUUAUUAUUCUCUAUAUUUUUCCAUUCAUUUCGUUCGUUUCACGAAGCAAUAAAAGAUGAUAUACCUUGA